CCCAACUAUUACAGAACCUGCACCGGAAGCAGAAGUGACUGGGUAUGGUGCAAUUUGUAUUAUGUGUUAUGGAUUAUUGCUUUUGGUUGAUCAGCGUCAAUGCUGUCUGUGUUCAGUGUCCAUCUCACCCCGGGAAAGGGUUAGGCCAUGUUGUGUCCAUGCCUCAUCGGACAUGGUGUUCCUCCCCCAAUCCCCUUCAACGCAAGAUCUCCCGACCUUUGCUGAAUAAAGACAACUUCUCGAUAGAAAUGGCCCUAUCAGCCAUUUUACCCAGAGAGUCUACCCCUCUACCACUGAGGGGAUGUCAUCGACAGUCCUCUUGCAAUCACUCUCGUUAUAGAUGCCUCCGUUGAUAGUGUUUCCCUCUCUCUCGGUAGAUAUUUCAUCUCUGACUUUCGAUAGA